AUGAAACUUCGCGGCGCAUUUCGAACGACAAAGUUGCCAGCUGGACGACACACCAUUGGCACCAAGUGGGUGUUUAAGAUCAAGCGCAAGGCCGAUGAAUCAAUCGAGAAAUGCAAGGCGAUACUCGUGGCCAAAGGGUUCAAGCAGAAGUACCGCAUCGACUACGCGGAGACGUUCUCGCCCGUGGUCAAGUACAUGACACUGCGCAUGGUAAUCGCGAUCACCAAGUACUUCAAAUGGUUACUGGACUAA